AUGAAUCCGAAACAGCGAGUCAACAAAAGGACGGUUUUCGAAGAUUCCGAUUCCGAGGAAGAAGUCGAGAAACCCCUCAAAAAGAAAUCAAAACGAAGUGAAGAACACGAAGUUCGAGAACAAAAUUCCGUGAAUGGUGGAGAUGGAGAUUCUAAAUCUGGAAAUUCCGCAUAUGAAAUUAUUUCGUUUGAUAGCAAAGAUUUCACUGUGAUUUCGGAAAGAAUCUUGAGAAAAUCUGUAAUCUGGAAAUUGUUGACUAUUCGCGGACCUUACUAUCAUUUUUUCGGAAAAUUUGGAAAAAUUAUGAGUAGAAACCGGGCAAUUCGCAAAUUUAUCCGACGAAUUCUUUUGAAGAUUCACGAGAGAAAAAUCGAAUUCAGAGAUAACAUGCUUCCCUCAAUGAUAUGUUCUUAUGGGACAGAGAAGCCCACCGUUGACGACGUGAUGCAUAUCGUGGAGAAAAUGUGCAAGAAAGUGUUUUGCUUUACAAUUGCUAAAGUAACUAUAGAUUUAAGUAAAGGAAAUAUUUUAUCCCCGCUUCGAAAAGUUUUCUGCGAAAGAGAAGUUCGGCUUAUCUGUAAUAGCAGGCUCGACAUUUCCGACAAUUUGAGAAGGCUCUGCAAAUCUAUGCGUUUGUAUAUUUCCGACAAACAAACGGAGGAACUGAGAAAUGCGCUGGUGUACUAUUGCUUUUUCUGUUCUGCCGAUCUUUUAAAACAGGCCAUAGAAUCACAACUAUCCGGAAAUUUCGCUGAAUGUGUUAUGAAACUUCAUGAUAAACGAAUCGAACGGUUCCUUGUGGAAACAUUGAGCAAUGUCCUCAACACUGAAAAAAUGAAAAUUUUUGAAGGAGCAUGGAUUCAAUAUGUAUUGGAUUCAAUCAAAAAACUAGGAAAAGGGCCGUUUGGCGAGUCACCAAAUUGCUCUGAAAUCUAUACUGAAGUUUGCCAAAAAAUGAAUUCAUCGAGUCUUGCGCUUAUUUCAUCGUAUUUCUAUCAAGCAACACCCGGCGGCCAAUCAUUACUUUGCCACACACUUCUACAGCUGCUUCGUUUUGUAGUUCACCUCUCAUUGAACACUUUACGACAUGUGUUUCAUUUUGAUUCUAAAAGACACAGAGUAACUUAUAAUGGUGAACUAGACGAAGAAGUCACUGAUUUUCGAGGUUACGAUCAUUCUCAGUCUCGAGCCAUUAUAAGCAAACCACAAUCGGUUCCCUCGACAUUUUCUAUCAAUUCAACUCCAACUAUCCCUAAAAAAACAUUUAAUUUCACCCCAAACAGUGUUCCGGCUGCUUCGUUAUCUCGUUUGCCCGCAGGUUGUGAUGUUAGACAGCCACCUCCGUACACAACUCCACCUGUCGGUCAAUAUAGCUACAAUCCGAUCAGUUUUCAAAAUACACAUUCAAUAGGCACAACUCCACAAUUCCUUUUUACACCUGUCAAUUCACAGCCACAAGUGAAUUUCCUCCCAGCGCAAGAGAUUCCAAUUCAAUCGAAUACCAUUUUUCGUCGGAAAACGUUGCUUCCAACGCCUUGCAGCCUUGUGAAAAUUCCGGUUCCAGUGGUUUCUCAAAGCCCCGUGGAGGCUCCGCAAAGUCCCGUGGAAAAUAAGUCAUUUAUCAGAAAGUUUCCAAGUGAUUCGACAAACGGAUCGUAUCAAACUUCUUCUGACGACACUCGACCCUCUACGGUGGCUAAUGACACUCCAUGGAGUAUCGACGAUGAGACUGACAUUCCAAAAAAAUGGGUGGAUGCAUACAAAAUCAUGUUGGAAUGGAAUCAAGAUCUGAAGUCGGAAUUAGAAAAAGCACAAGCUAAAUUGGCACUUCUUUCUUAA